AUGGGCGAGGGAGGCGCCCUCCCGACCGCGGAGCUUGUAAAAGUCACCGACCACAUCUCUCUUCUACCGCCGCUGUCUCGAAGGGGACAUGGGCCCGGUCUCGUUCUCGUUCUGCCAGAGAAUGCACCCCGCUACCCCCGAGACGGUGUUAUUUGCGUGGACGGCAUUCCGCCACCGUUGCUGAAAUGGGCGGAGGAGGGAUUUGCCGUCGUCGAGAUCCGAUGUGGCGGGUCUGAUGGUAUGGGAAGUGAGAAUGUCGAAAAAGCGGCUUUGCAGAAAGCUAUCACCGCUCUGGAGGAGUGUGAUAAAUGUGAUGCCAAGGAUGGGAUUGGGAUGAUAUUUUACGACACGGCGCUGUGGGACAAUUUUGCGAACAACGACGCCCUUGACACGAGGAUAUCGGCGGCUGUCAUCUAUGGCACGGUUGGCGAUCGUGUCGUUCCGGCCGCGGUGCCUGUACUUUGCCAUCUCGCUGGGCAGGGAAAAGCAGACUCACACCCCGACGCCAAAGUCUACACUUAUCCGACUGUCAAGGCCUCGAACUUUGCCCUUCCAUGUCAGCCGAACUUCGACGGUACCAACGAGGCCGUGUCACAUACGCGCAAUCUCACCUUUCUGAAGAAACACAUUCGCGGCCUGGAUUUCGACCUCGAGGCUAUAUGGGAAGAGCAUACGUAUUUCGAGUUUGCAGAACGGUCUGUGCCCAAGACGAUGGCCACGAUGGUGCAGGAGCCUUAUGUCAACCAUAUUCCCACGAUGACUGGUGGGAUCGGGCGAGCGAGCUUGAGUCACUUUUACGCAAACAAUUUCAUUCCGAAGAACCCAAAAGACAUGAACCUGGUACUUGUGAGUCGGACAAUUGGCAUUGAUCGAGUUUGCGACGAAUUCGUCGCCACGUUCACUCAUGACAUGGAAAUAGACUGGCUAGCUCCCGGCAUACCUCCAACAGGACGAAAGGUCGAGCUUCCUUGCACGUCGGUCGUCUGCGUGCGCGGCGACCGUUUGUACCAUGAGCAUAUCGCUUGGGAUCAAGCCUCACUCCUGUGUCAACUGGGCCUCAUGCCAGACUAUCUCCCUUAUCCGUACCCGCUUCCGGAUGGCCGGACACCAGAAGCAGGCAAGAAGUUCGAGUACAAGGUCCCAGCCGCUGGCAUCGAGACAUCUGUGAAAAUGUUGGACAAGAACAGCAUCCCAUCUAACAGAAUGUUUGACUACAAGCUUCGUGAGGUAGACACUUGA